AUGCGAUGUGAGGAGUCAGCUGUUGGGAUCGAUGGGGAUCAGGCUCCUGUGGUUCUGGUAAAACCGGAUGCUGACACCUCCAUAGAUCCAGCACAGGAGGUUGUUCAGAGCAAUUCGUACAGCUGCUCUGUGGUUUCUCCACAAGGGGUCAACAGCCUUCAGGGGGAUGAGCUUUUCUGUCGUAUCUGUCAUGAGGGCAGCUGUGCGGGGGAUCUGUUAUCUCCCUGUGAGUGUGCUGGGUCGCUGGCGAUGGUGCACCGCAUCUGUCUGGAGCACUGGCUCAUGUCCUCUGGCACCAGCCACUGUGAGCUGUGCCACUAUCAGUACGCUCUGGAGAAACGUCCUAAACCAAUAACUGAGUGGUUCACGGCACCUGCCAUGCGACACCAGCGACGAGCGCUGUGUGGAGACAUGAUUUGUUUUCUGUUAAUCACACCAUUAGCCAGUUUAUCCGGCUGGCUGUGUGUGCAGGGGGCCAUGGAUCUCUACUACAGCAACGGCAUGGAGGCUAUAGGACUUAUCGUCCUCACAAUGACCCUGUUCACCAUCUACCUCUUCUGGACCAUUGUGUCCUUGCGUUACCACAUUCAUCUUUUCAGGACAUGGAACGCAACGAAUCCAAGCGUCCGACUCCAGAUUCCCUGUCCCGGAAAGACUCCUCAGAGACAAACACAUUUCGCAAUGCACAUUUUGUGCAAAAACAAGAAAAAAGAGACGGUGGUGUAG